GGCGCUGGUCCGCGCGCGAGCGUCCUAAGGCCCAGGCAGAGCAGACCAAGGCUGCUCCGCCCAGCCUGAGACAAUGGGGAGAAAAAAAAUCCAGAUCUCACGAAUUCUGGACCAAAGGAAUCGGCAGGUGACAUUUACCAAGCGCAAGUUCGGGCUGAUGAAGAAGGCCUAUGAGCUGAGCGUGCUCUGUGACUGUGAGAUCGCCCUCAUCAUCUUCAACAGCGCCAACCGCCUCUUUCAGUAUGCCAGCACGGACAUGGACCGCGUGCUCCUGAAGUACACAGAAUACAGUGAGCCCCACGAGAGCCGCACCAACACUGACAUCCUCGAGACACUGAAGCGGAGGGGUGUGGGCCUUGACGGACCAGAGCUGGAGCCAGAUGAUGGACCUGACGGGCCAGGAGAGAAGCUGCGGAGGCUGGCAGGUGAUGGGGGUGACCCCGCCUUGCCCAGGCCCCGGCUCUACCCAGCAGCCCCGACUAUGCCCAGCCCGGACGUGGUAUAUGGGGCCCUGCCCCCACCAAGCUGUGACCCCACUGGGCUAGGGGAGGCCCUGCCUGCCCAGAGCCGCCCAUCCCCCUUCCGGCCAGCAGCCCCCAAAGCUGGGCCCCCAGGCCUGGCGCACCCUCUCUUUUCACCAAGCCACCUUGCCAGCAAGACACCCCCACCCCUGUACCUGGCAGCAGAUGGGCGGAGGCCGGACCUGCCUGGUGGCCUGGCCGGGGCCCGAGGGGGACUGAGCACCUCGAGAGGUCUCUAUGGUAGCCUGCAGAGUCCGUGCUCCGCCUCCGCCCCCGGACCCCCGCUUGGGAGCUUCCCCUUCCUCCCUGCAGGCCCCCCAGAAUAUGGCCUGGGAGACCCUCCUCCGCCUCCCGGUUUGCUGCAGCCCCCCACCCUGGCCCCCUGGCAGCCCUCCAGGGGUGAUGGAGCCCCAGCCACCCCUGCCCAGCCCAGUGGGCUCCGCAGCCUGGGCGAGGAGGGUGCCCCCGCCCGCGGCGCCUCCCCGUCGACCCCCCCAGUCAGCAUCAAGUCUGAGCGCCUCUCGCCGGCCCCCGGGGGCCCUGGAGACUUUCCCAAGACCUUCCCCUACCCCUUGCUCCUGGCCCGGCCUCUGGCAGAGCCCCUACGGCCCGGGCCCCCCCUGCGCCGGCUGCCCACUGCUGACAGCUGGCCGCGGUAGAGGACCCAGGGGUCAUGCCCCCACACCUGCCGGCGCCCCAGCCUCCCAGCGUCCUUAGAGCAGACACAACAGUUACGACCCCCUCCGCGGUGGGGGCCUGGAGUUUGCAUCCACAGUCGGGGGCUCCUUUCCCCGUACCUGUGUGUGUAUCCACCAAUAAAACACGCGUGGUGUCCGUGGA